UUAAGGAGGGGCUUGUUUAGUCCCCUGAAGUGAAGGUGUUUGCAACCUCUCAACAUGAACAUCAUCAGCGCUUUGUCCGUCCUCGGCCUGCUGCUUGCAGCUGCUAGUGCCCAGAAACCUAAACAAUGUGAAUCUCCUCCCUUGAUGACUGGAGGUGUCAGUAUGGUGGGCCCUAAUGGAGUCUUUAUGUCUUCGGGAACAAUCAGCUAUGAUGCUUUUGGGGAGAAGAUUCGCUUCAAAAACUACGCCGUUGCUGGAAAUGAAACCUUUUCUAUUGACCAGCUGAUGCUCUUCAACAAGAAAAUCUACUAUGAGAUUGACUGGAAAAAUUACACUUGCAAGAAGAAGCGUCUAAAUACAGAUUUCGUUCCCAUGCAAGUGCCCAAAAACGCUGAAAUGGUGGGUCAGGUUAUUUUGGGCUCCUCCUCCUCUUGGGGAAUGGGUGUGCUGGUCAACAACUGGCAGGGAACUCUUCCAAACAACGGUUUCUACAUGAGCGUCUUCACAGAGAUUGGCUGCAUCCCCAUGACCUUCGCUGGCUACACACCAUCAUCUGGAUGGACCCUGGUCAGCACCUUCAACUGGGUACUUGGCCUCACCAAUCCCAUGGACUUUUUCCCACCUGUCAUUUGUGCCAAGUCCGAGCUGGAGGAGUCUGAAACACCUGACACCAUGUUUACUGCCUUGGAGUCUCUGGCCAGAAAGACCAAGAACAUGGAGUAAACAUCAGGCUUGUUUUCAAUCAGCUCCUCAUUUAAAAGAGGGAGUGGGAAAACAACACACAAAAAUACAAGCCUUUCUUUCACAUCAGCAUGCUUUUAUGCCGGGAAAAAAACACUUUAUAUGCAGAGUGCUUCAUCACAAGAAUUGAUAUUUCAUUCAUGACAUGUCUUUAAUCAGAUGGGAUAAGCAGAAGCAUCUUUAAAGGGCCGCAAACAUGGAGCUUUUAAAUAAAAUGCAUGACCACUCCUCAGAAAAGUGGGAACCGACAUAGACA